AUGCAGAGUCCUGACCUAGCAUACCGGUCCGCGUACAACUACGAGCGGACUUUCUCACCGAGAGGGUCCCCGAGGUCCCCGACCAGAACAUCCCCCGGCAGAACGUACGUCGUCUCUGAGGAGGACUACUUGUUGCUGAUGGAGGUGAAAAGAGAGCGGGGGCUUGUGCGGGAUGAACCUGCGACAGAUGUAUACGCGGAGAGAUUGGAACGUUUGCAGAGGAGAGUGCUCAGUGGACUCGAUCAGGUGGUGCUGCCUGAGCUACCGCCGAGAUCCGUGGAUGACCACUCUGAAAGGCCGUCUGUGCCCUCGAGGGACUCCAAACCGGUGUUAUUGGAGCAACAACGGGCAAUACAGAAACCAGCCCCCCCUAUAGUACCGAGGAAACCUGUUGCAGUAGUGGAAAAGCUUGCGGAAGCGAUCGAGAGUCCAUUGGAGACAGGUUCGAAGGGAUCGACCCCGCCAAAACUACCUCCAAAGAGGCAAACGUACCUUGGGGACCUGAAGGGGUCGAAAACUUUACCAUCUGGGAGGACCUUUGCCGCCUCACCUCCAAAUAAAGUACCUUUGGAGGCAGACUCUGCCACGCCGUCAGACAAGGGCAGACCCGAAACAAGCUCGAAGAGUGUGACGCCACCUCAAGUACCGCCCAAGAAGGCGGCUCUGAAGCGAGUUGUCACAGAAGAUCUGAUCGACCUUGGUCAAGAUUCUAUGGUGACUCCUAAGUCCGCACUGACCCCCCCAGCACACGACAGUCCGCCAGCGUCCUUCUUGGACUCAAUGGCGAAGAACAAGUUGACCUCGAACAAACAUCACGUACACAGUCGACAGAGCAUACCCGCGCUGUCUCCCACGGGGAAGAUAGUGGACGAUAAAGCCGUGCCAGUAAACUACCUGGACUCGAUUCAAUUAAAGCCUACGGUGAGACAACCGGAGGGCACCACACAGCGCAGGACGAGCCUGCGAGCACCACAGCGUGAGAGUUUCAUCCAAUCUGCACUGCAGAAGGAUAGCUUUACUGCGAAACCUCCAUCACCUCCUAAGAAGCCCGUUUCGCUGCGCACUUCGACAGUGACGCAAAGCUCGCCCGAAUUAGUUCACAUCACAAAGGGCAGACCUAGAGGCCCCAAGAGGAAGCUACCCACGAGUCUUGUCUGA